AUGUUGCUCUCUAAGCAGUUGGCAAGCUUCAUUGCCUUCGCUGGGCUCUCCAGCAACGCUGUUUUGGGAAUGAUGAAUGAGACGGUCAAUUCGCAGGUUCGCCUUGCGUAUGCCACGGAUUCGGGCAUGAUUGUGUCUUGGAACACGCUCAAGCAGCUGUCACAGCCAACAGUGCGCUAUGGCCGCUCUGCUGACGACCUGUGUUUCCAAGCGUCUUCUAGCGUGUCCAUCACUUACAACACGUCUCUAACGUACCACAACCACGUCGCGCUGAAGGGGUUGAGGCCUGACACGACCUACUACUACUUGCCUAGCGAUAUGCUCGCUGACAAUGCCACAACACCACCAUACAGCUUCCGCACAAGCAGAUCCGCUGGUGAUGGAACCCCUUACUCGGCUGCUGUCCUCAUUGACUUGGGUACCAUGGGGCCUAAGGGCUUGACCACGUCCGCUGGUCAGACUGUGAACCCCAACAACAUCUUGAAGCCAGGGGAGAACAACACAAUGCAGUCCUUGGAAAAGCUCAUCUCUACUUAUGAUUUCAUGCUCCACCCUGGUGAUUUUGCCUAUGCCGAUGCUUGGCUAAAGGAAGAGGCGCAAGGCUUUCUGCCCAACACGACUCUCCAGGAAGGCUACGAAGUGUACGAAUCCAUCCUCAACGACUUUUACGAUGAAAUGACGCCCAUGUCUUCCACUAAGCCGUGGAUGGUUGGUGCCGGCAACCACGAGGCCAACUGCAUCUGCGGAACCUACAAGGACCCGUUCAACCACAUCACGUACAACGACACCAUCUGCAGCCCCGGCCAGGACAACUUUACCGAUUUCCGUACCCGCUUCCGCAUGCCUGCUGAGUCCUCGGGUGGUACCGAGAACUUUUGGUACAGCUUCGACCAUGGCAUGGUCCACUACGUCAUGCUGGACACGGAGACGGAUCUUGGCAACGGAGUCAUUGGCCCUGACGAGACCAACGGUGGCGAAGGCGACCACACUGGUCCUUUUGGCGCAUAUCCCAAUGCCCAAUUGGACUGGCUCGAGAAGGACUUGCAGUCUGUUGACCGCACCAAGACUCCCUGGGUCAUUGCUAGCGGCCAUCGACCAUGGUAUCUCAGCUACGCCAACAAGACACACACCAUCUGCUGGAGCUGCAAGAACAACUUUGAGCCCCUCUUUAUUAAGUACGGCGUCGACCUGUACUUGUCGGGCCAUGCGCACUUUUAUCAGCGCUCUGCGCCUCUGAACAAUGGCACCAUUGACCCCAACGAGCUGGAUAACCCCUCUGCCCCCUGGUACAUUACGUCGGGUGCCGCCGGCCACUACGACGGCUUGGACAAUGGCACGGCUGUUCCCAAGCCGUAUGAACGUUUCCGUAUGGACCAGAGAAACGCGACGUAUGGUUGGUCUAGACUUACCUUCCACAACUGUACCCACAUGACGCACGACUGGAUCAACUCCAAUGACAGCUCUAUUGUCGACAGUGCCACGCUGUAUAAGAAGAGAGAGUGCAGCUUGUCCCAGCCCAAGGUGCCUGGAUUGACCAAGCUGCCUAAGUUGCGUAAGCUGCCAAAGUUACCCAAGCUUGAUUUUUAA